CUUUCUGCUUGGCUGCUGCACACCGUGCUGUUUAUCUUUGGAGCUGCUGCUGAGAUACAAGCCUUUUAACAGGGAUGGCUCUUUCUGUGAUUGCACUGAUUUUAAGUGCUGGAGCUGCUUGUGGAUAUAUACCAACACAGUCCCACAACUUCCAUUACAUCUAUGGAUGCUAUGAAUCUGAUGAUGUGCGGGUGGACGUUGUUGUUGACGACGACGUGGUUGCAUAUGCCGAUUUCAACAAGAAAGAGGUAGUGUGGGUGUUACCUCACUUGCCACAACCUGCAAAAGACAUCCAGAAAAUGGCUUAUGAACUCGCCAAAGCCAGCACUGCACACUGUCACAGCGUUUUGGGUAAAGCAAAAAAUGCUGAUCCCGGCGCUCCCCUACGGCGAGAUCCUCCUGACAUCUACAUCUAUACCCGGUAUGAGGGGGAGGCUAGUGUGAUGAACACACUCUUUUGUGUGGCCAACCACUUCUACCCACCCACCAUCAACUUCACAUGGACCAAGAAUGGAGUGGAGCUCACAGAGGGCGUGGCAAACUUACGUUAUCGUCACAAUCGUGAUGGGACAUUCCACAUGAUUUCUACGCUUCUGUUCACUCCAAAACCUGGAGACUAUUAUAUCUGCAUGGUGGAGCAUCAAGCUGCGCAAGUGCCUAUCAGCAAGAGCUGGGAGUUGAAGGAAAAUAAGAGGAGCAGAGUGAGCCCUGCAGCCGUGUUUUUCGGUGUGAGUGUCGUUUUGUGCCUGAUGGGAUUCGGGACCGGAGUCUUCUUUUUCAUCAAGCAGCCAAAUUAAUGUCUUCAAAUUUGAGAUUGAAAUAAUUAAAUUAACGUUAAUCAUUCAAUCUUUAAUCCUCUGAUUAACUGGUUUUAUAUGUACAAGUAAAACACAUCAAAAAACAUCCAGAUUCUUGUGCUUACAGAUAACCUCUCUAUAUCACUGCAUUAAUGAUAAAUGACAGUUUGUUUACUUAAUGUGUUUAAUGUGUACUUACAAUUUGUAUUGUUUUUCACUUGACGAUGUGGUGUUAAUAUACUUUGAUUUUUAAUAAAUAGAUAAUUACUGGGGUUGUUAUACAACAGUGUAUGGCUGUAUAGCACACAGACCUACAAAAUAAUUUGUGUAGAAUAAUUCAUCCCUGCUAAGAAUUUAUAGAUAAAUAAAGCAAACAUCUUGCACA